AUGACGGGCCGGAGCCUGAGCCCGAGCCUGGAAGGAGGCCGGGAACUGAACCACAACAACAAGAUGGCACGAUGGCAAGGCAGCAACACACAAAACUCCAAAAGCCCUUUGAUACAGGCUGUUAGGUCCCUGUAUAUCUGGGGUCAGAGCCUGGUCCGCAUUGCCGGCAGCAAGUCGGGUUCGUUCCUGGUGUGUAAUAACCCCUUCGUCGGGAUAAUCUCCAACGCGAUGAGACUGGUUUCAGCCAGCCUUGACCCCUGUGACAUCGUGGCUGAUGAUGAUGUCACUUUCUCAAGCAGACCCCCUUAUCUUGAAGCGUGUGUUACACGUGUGCCAGUGGAGAGCUGUGAGCAGUACACUUCCUGUGGAGACUGUCUGGGGUCGGGAGACCCUCACUGUGGUUGGUGUGUGCUACAUAAUGUAUGUGCGAGGAGGGAUCGCUGCGAGCGAGCAGAGGAGCCUCAGCGUUUCACCACCCGAGUGGAGCAGUGUGUUCAUCUUUCCGUCCAUCCCGAGACCAUCUCAGUAACCAUGUCAGAAGUGCAGUUGGUGCUUCAGGCGCAGAACGUGCCCAGUCUGUCUGCUGGAGUGAACUGCUCCUUCGAAGACUUCGUAGAGACGGAGGCACGCAUCUACAGCGGGCGGAUCUUCUGCCUGUCUCCCACCACAAAAGAUGUUGCACCCUUCACACGUGACCAAGGUAAGCCCAAACACAUGCAAGGAAUAAAAUGCACAUUUGGACAAAGUGAUCAGCGCGUAAUAAGACUGUUUCUGAAGUCCAAAGAGACGGGAAAGAAGUUCGCCAGUGUGUUGUUCAUCUUUUACAACUGCAGCGUCCACCAUUCCUGCCUGUCUUGUGUUAAUGCCAACUUCCCCUGCCACUGGUGCAAAUAUCGCCAUAUGUGCACGCAGGAUGCCAGCGACUGCUCCUUCCAAGAGGGACGAGUCAACACAUCACAGGAGUGUCCACAGAUCCUGCCCUCCACCCAGAUCUAUAUUCCCGCUGGGGUAAUGAGGCCAAUCACUCUGUUGGCCCAGAACUUGCCCCAGCCUCAGUCCGGACAGAGAAACUACGAGUGCAUCUUUCACAUCCAGGAAAACACGCACAGCGUCCCUGCGCUCAGGUUCAACAGCUCGAGCAUACAAUGUCAGAAGACCACGUAUGACUAUGAGGGCAGUGAUAUCAGUGACCUGCCAGUUGACCUCUCCGUGGUGUGGAAUGGAAACUUUGUCAUCGAUAACCCUUUCAACAUACAAGCCCACCUGUACAAGUGCAGAGCGCUGCGGGACAGCUGUGGGAUGUGCUUGAAAGCUGACCCCAGGUUUGAGUGUGGCUGGUGCGUCCAAGACAAGAAGUGCUCCCUGAGGCAGGAGUGCACUGGAGGAGGAAACUCCAACCUGCCAGUGCUGGUGGCUGAAGGUGGAGGAUGGAUGCAUGCUACAUCUGGAACCAGCAGGUGCACUCACCCCAAGAUCACAAAGUUAUACCCUGAGACAGGACCUCGUCAAGGGGGAACCAGGGUGACCAUCUUGGGGGAAAACCUGGGUCUGCAAUUUAGAGACAUUCAGAUGGGUGUCAGGCUGGGGAAGGUGCCCUGUGUGCCUGUUGAGGAAGAGUAUGUUAGCGCUGAACGAAUUGUGUGUCUGCUGAAUGAUGCUACUGGCUACAGAGUUCAAGAAGCUCAGGUGGAGGUGUGUGUGAGAGACUGUGUCAAUGACUAUAGAGCCCUAUCACCACGACCAUUCACCUUUGUGACUCCAUACUUCACCCGUAUCCAGCCAUCUCAGGGACCCAUUUCGGGCGGCACUCGAGUCACCAUUGAAGGAAGCUAUCUUAACGCAGGCAGCUACGUGUCUGUCAGCAUUGGACCACAACUCUGCCACUUUAAAAGGAGAAAUGCACGCGAGAUAGUGUGUGAUACACCAGCUGGACUUGCACCGGGAAGUUCAUCCGUCUUGGUGGACAUUGAUGAUGCUGAGCUCAGGAACCCAGAAGUCAAGUUUAACUACACUGAAGAUCCCACUGUCCUGAAAAUAGAACCUGACUGGAGCAUUGCCAGUGGUGGGACUCCACUGACAGUGAGUGGGACCAACCUCGCCACCAUUAAAGAACCAAAGAUCCGGGCCAAGUAUGGGCAGGCAGAGUCUUUCCAUGGCCAUGCUGAUGCUUUUGCAUGUUGA